UCGGAUCGCCAAAAGUCGUAUGCGGAUUUGAAAAGAAAAGAUAUUGAAUAUCAAGUUGGAGACAAGGUCUUUCUCAAAGUUUCACCUUGGAAGAAGGUGCUUAGAUUUGGUCGUAAGGGCAAAUUGAGUCCGAGGUUCAUCGGGCCAUAUGAAGUGUCCGAACGAGUUGGGCCAGUUGCAUAUCGAUUAAUUUUGCCCCCUGAGCUCGAAAAGAUUCACAACGUUUUUCAUGUCUCGAUGCUUCGACGAUAUAGGUCUGAUCCAUCGCACGUAAUUGCUCCAUCUGAGAUUGAGAUCCAGCCUAAUUUGAGCUAUGAAGAGGAACCGGUUUGCAUUAUGAAGCGUGAAGUAAAGGAAUUGCGCAAUAGGAAAAUCCCGUUAGUGAAGGUGUUGUGGCAUAAACACGGAAUGGAAGAAGCCACUUGGGAACUUGAAGACUCUAUGAAAGAGCGAUACCCGAGC